AUAACACCGGAUAGGGAUACUAUAAAUCCACUGAAACAAUCGAUGUCGAGAAUGAGUUGCAAUAUUCCGAUUGUAUUGGCUACCCAUUGUAAUACAAAACAAGACGAUAAACAAUAGGAAGGUCCAAUGAAACAAAGCAUCACGUGAUACCGCAAAACAUGGACGUGUUCUUAUUUGGUGGAUUUUAUCUACACUAUGUGACACAACUUAUCAAAUUCAACAAGUGCAUGCUUUGCGUCCUCGGAAAAGUAAUGAGGAUGAUGAGGUGGCGAACAUAAUUGUAUACCCACUUUCUUGCUUAAUUCAAAAUUGGAGAAGAAAAUAUUUUGCAAUUCAAUUGAUUUAAAAAAUGAAGAAAAUGUGUUUGAUUAUAAGUUAGAGGGGAUGCAAUAAUAAAUGAAAGUGGAAUCUGACAUGUGAUUGCGUUUCUUUGGAACCAGUUGAUCGUCGAAUCACACCAUGUAUAUGAUAGACGAAUUUCGAAUUCAUUUGCUAGUUUCCUUAAUAUUGUCACAUGGCAUGACAGAGGAUAUGUGCACUGACGACCGCGAAGUGGGAAAGAAAUUACCAGUAUCACCAUUCACAGUGUUAUUUGAUAUCGGUUUCAAUUCGUGUUUCAAAGAAUGUGAAGCGUAUGCCAUUUGCCUGUCCAUUAAUUUUAACCGUAUCCAUUUUAUGUGCGAAAUGAACAGAGAAAAGAGAAACGAAAGCUUAAAUUUAGUAGAUGAUGAUAGUUUUAUCUAUAAGGAAAUACCUGGAAUCCUUGAAUACCAAGACAAGAAAUGCGGGGAUGGCCCAUGUAAUGAGUACUCGAAAUGUGUACAUACAGAGGUCAACGGAUAUAUCUGCAUCACCAUUGGUUGUAAUGACGUUAUCCCAGACUUACAGAAUGGAAAGAUCGCCAAGAAGACGUUUUACCCUCCAUCGGUGACGUUCGAAUGUAAUCCCGGUUACUCAGGUUCAGACGCCAGCGAUACAAUAACUUGUUCGCCCUGGGGGAAGUGGUCGACAUUGUUAUAUGAAUGUGGCGUACAGGUUAAUGGAGGAUGGGGUGCCUGGCAGGCGUGGACACCUUGUUAUCAGGUUUCAUGCUGGUUCGGAACAAAACUGCGAACACGGCCCUGCAACAACCCUCUACCAAUGUACGGGGGUCAAUAUUGUAGUGGAAAUCCCACGGAGAUCAUCAAUUGCUUAAGGGGCCAGUGUCCCGUUUUCUCAACACCAAAUAAAGUGCACAACAACCAAUGCGUUGAACUGCAAUGUAAUCUCCGUGUGAUAUUCAAUUAG